GCCAUUGCUUUAUUAUUCUGAGAACAUAAUUAUAGUACUUAACAUAAGAUACAAAUACUCUGUAUGCCUUCCUAUGAUCAUGAAAAUAUUCUCACUGAAUCACAAACGCUUUAAAAAUCACACACGCCAAUGAAGGCUAAUUUUCAGCUGUGGUGUUCAGAGUGAGAGAUUAGGGAGGAACGGGAUGGUUUCAGUUACAAUUCACUAAUGUAAGAUACACUGGGAUAUGGUGAAUGGGGCUGUGAUCCAAUAUGGUGUCCUUAAAAGAAGAAAUGAUUUGAAAUAUGUACACAGAAGAAAGGAGGAACAAAUAUGAAGGCGGUGGCCAUAGCUGUGCUAACACAACCCAGGGGACACACUGGACACUCGACCGUUGCUUGAGACCUUUAGCUUAUACAACUUUGAAAUUAUAAAUUGUUAUUGUUUUCAGCUAGCCACUCUGUGUGAUUUUAUGGCAGUCCAAGGAAACCAACACAAGCGAUUGAUUUCCUGAGCUUUCUCAAGUGUCACAGGUUUCUCCAGUCACAGUAUUGCUGACACCUGGACUUCACAUCACUUCAGUGAUUUCCCUUCAGCAAUUAUAAAAACAGAAGUGUCCAGGAGUCAGCCCAAACCAGUUUGCAAGAGAUUACUGUUAAAUUUCCAGGAAUUUUUGCAAACACUCUGCUGAACAUUCCUACUAUUUAAAACUUACGUUGUGUAAAAUUUUGGUUAGGUAAAUGAAAACAAAUACAAUAAACCCUCAAAUGUCAUUAUCAUUUCCUAAUUUUUGACAUUUGGCUGUUCUAUGUUCUGGGAUAUAUUUAUUUACAUGAGUAAUUUGCUAUUAUUAUUUACAUAAAUAGCACAGUCAUUUACAGCGAUCUGACCUGUGCAGUGGCAAUACUAUAUUGACCUCUAUUUGUGGAUAUCCUUCCCCAACUCAGAAUCAGACUGAUAUAAGGAAGUAUUUAUUCCACUGUAGAACGUUACAAAUCAGUUGCUUGCAUAUUUGCACAGUGCUUGUUGUAAACAUUUACCAAAACAGAGUCAAAAUUGUCGUCCUCUAAAUCGUACUGGGAUGGCUACCGAGGAAAGUACCAAGAUUUCUCUGAGUCCAGUUUGAAAACAAAAAGCUGAGCAAAGCACGAGAGAGAAAAUCAGGCACUGGUCCAAGCGAUGAAGGCAGAGAGGGAUUUGACAGGGAUUGCAGAGUGGGGAUAAGGGAGACUUAGAUGCUAGUGACCUACUUUUAGCAUUAUAUGCUAAAUCUCUGCAGGAAGUGGCUAGCUCUGAUUAUAAAUAUUAAUUAGAUUUCCAAGAGCACUCUUUAAAGGCACUGUACUCUUUAGAGAGAAACAUUUCAGAUGUACAGAAGGUAAAACAUAAAUAGGAAAGUAAUAGAUAGGUGAUAAAUGACAAUAGUUAUACAGCCAUCACAGGCACAACUUGCUCACGUUGGUAGUAAACUAAAUGAUGUUGCUAGGUAAACAGAUCUAAACCAGCAACAAAAUCAUUAGGCCAUUUAAUGGUGUUUAAAUGGGCCAGAUAAAACUUUAGUGGCUUUCCUAGGUAUAUAAUUCUCCUAUAUAUAGGUAAGGUCAACAUUCUUUAGCUUUGCUAUGAUGCCUUCCUUGUUCCGCCUAUAAGCUGAACACAAAUAUUUACACCCACAGCAACUCUACGCUUUUAAAUAAAAGAUGCAAAGAACACACCUAUUAAAUGGUCACUUCCUAAAACGCUUAAGGGUAGUUUGACCCUGCUGGCAGCCUGAUUUUCUUUUGCACUAUAGAGUGGAGUUUCAGGUAGAGACUGCCUGAGUCAUUGAACUCAGUGCCAGUAGGAGCUGGGAAUUGGGCAGACUUUCAGGCAGUGCCAGACCAAAGGUUGUAGGGCGUUCUUAUUUAAUCAAAAUGCUAGCAGCAGAUUAAGUGACGAGUGCUGCUACAGACCGGGUCAAGUCCUGCCUGAGUUUGUUGCUCUGAGGUUCUCUCCUCACCAAGCCCCUCACCACCCAUUCUGACCAGGAAGUAGUAUUCUUAUCGAGGAAUGGGAAGAGGUAUGUCUCACCUCAGUUUGCUGUGACCAGUGCAUUCUUUGAGCUUGUGUCAUCGGAGUCCCAAAAUGCUCCUAUUUAAUCAACCCAACAGGGAUUUCUCUAUAAUAAAUAAGAGGCCUCUAUUCUUCUCUGUGAACACAAUCCAAUGGUGGAGGAAGUUCAGUUUCUGUUCUCCACACUUUAACAUCCAUUCGUAUUUGCACAUGCAUUUUAAUAAAUUAGAAAGACUAAUGUAAGGCAGAACUAAUGCAGCACCCAGACCCAUCACCUACUAAAGCAUAAAACCGGCCACACACAAACCUCGUGCUUUUACAGUUCUGUGUUUCAGUACAUUAGGCCUGAGUAAACACCCCGUGCACCGGCAAGCACUGAGCUGGAUGAGUAGGAACGGGCAGGGAGCUGUUAAAAGCGUGCAGCCAGGGUGUGUCCAUCUUUGUUUUCUUCUCCCUGGUUUCCUUCUUGCACUGCUGAGAAUACUAUUCCCUGACCACUGCCCAUCCAGAGCUCACAGUGGCAGCUUAUGUCUAGUUUCCCACAUCAAGGGAUAAGCUACUGGCCAACCCUCUCACACUUUCCUCAUAGGUAAAUCUUUAACAGACACUGUGCUCAAGAUGAAAACUGUUACAAAAAAAAAUCCAAUUUUCAGAAAUUUGGAAUGAGAAAUAUCAUCAUAGUAGAGCAUAGUAUAGCCAUACUCUAUUAUAGGCCUAGAAGAAUUGUAAUUCUAAGUUGUUCCCCAAACCGGCUGCUCAAAACAUUUCUAUUUUAAACAAAUAUAUCAUAAGGCAUCAUAAAGAACACUUUUAAAACUUAGCAUAACUAACCUUUUCUUUAAAUGUUUAAAUGUGUUUUACAUUUCACCAGAACCAAACGAUAACUAUAUACCAUACACUUGUUUGAUUGUUUGUUUCCAAACAGGAUUUCUCAGUGUAGCCCUGGCUCUCCUGGAACUUGCUCUGGAGACCAGGUUGGUCUCCAACUCAGAGAUCUGACUGCCUCUGUGUCCAGAUUGCUGGGAUUUAAGGCAUGCACCACCACCGCCCACCUAUAAUACACUUUUUAUUAUAAGGUCAACUACUGUCUUAGUUAUAGAUAGGCACUCUGGUGAGGAUAACUCAACAACGACUUGUUGAACAAAGAUCAAACUAGAGAUCGAACACAUGAGGUUUGCUUUGCAUUCAGCUCUGUGUUGGACUUUGUACAGUUUAUAAUAAAAAGCUGCCCGUGACUCAAAUGAGAAGCGUCCAUAAUUACAGGCCACAGUGCAAUCCUCAUGCAAGGAGCUUGUGGCGGGCCAGCUUUAAAACCAUACAUGCCGUUUUAUGGCAGAGCUGAGAUUUAAUUUGGUUCUCCUUAGAUUAUUCCAUAAAUGGUAGUUUUGACUGUGAAAUGAGCCACCUAACUUACAACAUUUCUUUUCUUUCUUUCUUUUUUUUUUUUCAUUUAAAAAACAGUUAACACAUGCAAAGGUCUGGCUUGUUGACAAGACAAUUUCAGCAAUGUUUUCUCUGACAGGAGAUAUUUCACUCAGAAGGUCUAUGCUUUUUCUCCUUUUAAGGUUUCUUAGAUGAGAAAAUGACAUAAACAAACUCCAAACUCCAGUUAUCUGUUGUUUGGAAUGGAAAAGCUGAAUGGGAAGGGAGGCCAGAAGAACAAGGACACAACCUCUACCGGUUCCAGAAAAAAAAAAAGGAUCAACUUGGAAAUACUUCAAUGGAAGCCAAAAAUUAUAGUUUAGUGUGUUGAAAAAUACUACUCUCAACUCUCACUGACACAAAUAUGAUGUUCAAACAAUCUUAUAAUCUAUGUACUUUAUGCUAAUUUACUUGGUAGAAGUAGUCCAGAUUAAUAGUUUAAAAAGUUGUGGUUCUUCCUAAAUAGUGACAAAUUAUAGGUAAAUUAUCAAAGAAAACAAGUAUGAUUUCACUAGUUAUUCUCAGAGUUUUCUUCUAUAAUUAAAGAGAAAGGAUUCAGCAAUUUUCUCAAUUUAAAAUUCCCCUGUCCCCUCAGUAUUCAUAUAUAUAUACUCAUAUAUAUAUUCAUAUAUAUAUUCAUAUAUAUAUAUGUACUCUGGCUAUUCUAUUCUUCAUUUCUGAUUAGGGUAAUAUACUGGAAUAUUGGUAAGGCAAUUAUAUCUCAUUGUACAUUUUCACUUAACUAUUUAUUGAUUGAAUUUCUCCGUUCUUUGGGGAGUUAUUGGGUAAGAUUUCUAAUGCUAUGUUUACUGGCUUUAUUAAGUUGUGGGAUAGAAAACGACAUCAAAUUUAGCCAUUCUUCUGCCUCUAAUGUUAAAAAUGUGUUCUACAGGUUGUAGUUGUCAGAGUACUUUAGCAGGGAAAACGUUUAACUUAGUAACCUAAUAUAGAUAUGCUCAGCUGAGGCAGAACUUGUGUGUCAGUUUCUUAGCUUUAGGAUUGGAAAUCUUGCUGCUCUUCUUGUCUGUGACAUACGGUACAAGGGUUGGCUCUGCUUUGGUCCACCUGCCAGCCGAGUUUAAAGUUUCCGAGGCUCUGAGGAACACAAUGACUUGGAUGAGACAGCCUAAAAGGAAAGGACACUGCUGCAGCAACCAGGAAGCCCCUGAACCCCUGCUAAGCUAAGCGUGUCUUUUUUUUUUUUUUUAUUAUUUUUUUUAAUUCGUCUACACCGCAUACCCACACGAAGAACCCACUUCUUUCAUUGAUCAGAGAUUUUUAUUUUCUGACCGUUCAAGAUAGCCUGAUCUUUGGCGACAUAUGGCUGGAAAAUGAAACGACCCGGCAGUGUGGCCACAUCGUUAUUCUGUGUGGUGUAAUACCAGAUGGGCACCGUGAACGGCGCAGGGACGUGAAUGGACAGUUUGAAAUGGGAAUUUUCCCCCAUCGAGCAGGUUCCAUUUCCCUCUCCGGUCUCUCGCUAUAACGUACUAGCUUUUGCCCUUCUCUGCAGUAUCAAUUAACUCGACUUGGCGGUGGAGUGGCCAGAAAGGAAGGAAUGAAGCGAUCUGGCUAAUCUUGCUAGCUGCGGAGCAGCAGAGCCUGAAACUGCGGCCGGGUGCAGAUCUGCCGACUGCGCCCGGGGCAUGGAGCGCACGGGCGCCUACGGGGACCCAGGCCGGGCCCGGGGAGCCCAGUGCUGAGCUCUAGAGCCCGCCAGGCCGCCGCCUCCUCGCGCCCUCUGCCUUUACUGUCAGUGUCGCCCCUCGCAAAGAGUCAUGGAAGACGGUCCGCUGCCAGAUCUCAGAGACAUCGAGCUGAAGCUGGGGCGCAAAGUGCCCGAGAGCCUAGCGCGCUCGCUGCGCGGGGAGGAGCCGGCGCCCCGGGAAGGGGCUGCGGACCCCAGCGGGGUUGGUGGGAGCUGCAGCAGCAGCAGUAGCUGCAGCAGCUUCGCGCCCUCCGUGUCCUCCUCGUCUUCAUCCUCCCCUGCCUCCGGCUCCCCACGACGUAGCCACCCCAGCGCCCUGGAGAGGCUAGAGACCAAACUGCACAUCCUCAGGCAGGAGAUGGUGAGUGUGAUGCGUCAGAGGCGACCUGGGGACCCGGGGCCUGGGACCCGAGAGGCCGGCCAGGAGCGGGGGAGAAGCCAGGAGGAGGUGAACCUCAGAGCCACUGACGUAAGGCUCAUGCGUCAAUUGCUCCUCAUCAAUGAGAGCAUCGAGUCCAUCAAGUGGAUGAUUGAGGAAAAGGCCACCGUUACCAGCCGAGGCAGCAGUCUCAGUGGCAGCCUGUGUAGUUUGCUGGAGAGUCAGAGCACCUCCUUACGUGGCAGCUACAACAGCCUCCAUGAUGGCAGUGAUGGGCUGGAUGGCAUCUCGGUAGGGAGCUACCUGGACACUUUGGCAGAUGAUGUACCAGGCCAUCAGACCCCUUCAGACUUGGAUCAGUUCAGUGACAGCUCUAUCAUAGAGGACUCUCAAGCUCUGCACAAGCAUCCCAAGCUGGAUUCUGAGUACUACUGCUUUGGCUAAUGAUCCACGUUUUUGCAUGGGACUGAUGUGCAAUUAACUUGUAUGUAUCCUUCUUCUCUGCUGCUAUAUUUUUGGUGUGAUUUAUUUUAAUAAGGCAACCUUUUUAAAGAAGCUUAUUUUUAAACUGCUUAAUGAAAUUUCUGUUGCUCCUAAUACUUCUCAUCUAGACUGAUUUAUUUUUCUCUGUUACAUCUCUAUUUUUAUUUAUUGUAAUAAUCUUUCUCCCUUCUCUUACAGUAGCACAGACAAAGUAGAGGGGGAAAAUAAGCAAUAAUUGUUUCUGCUUUUGUUUUCAGAGUGAGGGGUCAGGGAUUAUAUGAAACACUUUGCUAAGUUUUACAAUAAACCAAAGUCUGAUCACUUCCUUCA